AUGAUUAAUGCCUCCAUGGAAGAGAAAGUGUUCCCGUGCCAUCUGAAAGAGGCAGUGGUGAGACUGCUCCAGAAGAAACCCUAUGUAAACCCAGAAGAGCUUGGCCACUUUAGGCCAGAGGUGACGGUUUCUUUCUUGGACAAGGUCCUUGAGUGGGUGAUGGCCAACCAGGUCCAGGCACUGUUGGAUGAGCCAGAUUAUCAGGUUCCAUUUCAGUCAGUGUUCAAGCCAGAUUUUGUCAUGGAAACAGCUUUGGUCAUGCUGUAUGAUGAUCUGUGUCAAGAAAGACUUGGGAGUGUGGCCCUGUUGAUUCUCCGAGAUCUCUCAGCAGUCAUUGAUCAUGGUAUUCUUUGGGGUAUUUUUGGAGAAGGCAAGAUGAUUUUUAUGUGUGCAGGUGGCUUCUGUGGCAUAGCACCAAAAGCAGGAUCUGUUCUAGCUGGCGUUUAUAUGAUCCUGAUGACCAAUAUGUACCUUAUCUUUGAGUAUGGUCACCUGAACCGGUCCAUAGCUAUGUUACAGAGGGUGGAUCCAGAGGUGAUCACUGGCCUAGUGUGGAUUAUCCCGUAUUGCUAUUAUAUAGCAAUUGCCCUGGCACUUGUAACUUAUCCCAUGUGUAUCUACCUUCUGUAUUCCAUCCAGAAGCGAAAUACAAUAGGACUAUUUAUCUACGUUACCUGGAUAAUCUUCUAUGAUAUCUCCUGCUGCGUCAUCAUAGUUCUAACUAGCAGGGCUGCAACGAUGGCGCAUUUUUCCAUCAGUCCUUUGGAAUGGUUUGGGCUGGCUACCAGGAUCCCCACAGACUGCUUUUGGCUCAGCUACGUCAUGACUUUUGCACUGAUGAUUAUUGAAGGCAAAAGCACUGGGAGGAUGUCACUGCGGAUGAGGCGGGUGUCAAGACACGUGUCAGAACCUCCCAAGUUCCGGUUGGGCAUCAAUGCCAGGAGGGUCCAAUGA